CAGAUUUUUUGAAAUCUACUAAUAAAUCUUGACUUUUUACUUUAACUUUCUUUAGUUAGAACAUCACUUCACUGUCAAUUCUCUCUUGAGCUGCCAAGAUUCUUGUUUUGGGGUAAAAAAAGAUUGUUGCUUUUGUUGUUUAUAUGGAAUUCUGAUUUCUGGGUAUGUCUCAGGUUUUUGUUUGAGUUAGAAAUGAGGAAGCACAACACAGCUUUAACAAGAUUUGGGAGAAAGGUAAAAGGUUCAUAUCAAUCUUAUGGUCUUGGUGUUAAGUUAGCUGCAGUAGUAAUUUUGGGUCUUUGUUUUGUAUUCAUUUGGUCUGUGUUUUCACCUUCUUCUUAUUCAGUAGCCUAUCAAAGGGACACUUUUGAUGAUAUUAGAGAACCUAUUUCAUCUGCAAAUAGGAAAAAGGUUACACCUUUAGUUCCUUCAACUAAGAAAGAACAACCCCAUAAUAAGAAACUGAAACAUAGAUCAAGUUCUGGUGAGAAAAAGAAGAGGGUUGAUAGGUCUUCUUUGCCUUCAAAAUCUGGUGGUUGGCAUAAGAAUGAUAAAAGUGGAGUUGAUAGGAAGAGAAAAGGUGAGGAUCUGAAGUUACCCGAAAAGGUUGAUGAGGUGAAGGAACAAGAAUUGGAAGGAUCUGAAACUGAUGUGUUGGAGAAGGAGAAUGAGGAAGACAAAAUAGGAAAUGAUAAGCAAGAAGAAGAGAAAAAAGUAGUUGAAGUUAAAGAGAAUGAGAAAGAAAAAACAGAAAAUAAUAGUAAACAAGAAGGAGAAGGAGUGGAUGGUAAAGAGAAUGAGAAAGAGGAAAUAGAAAGUACUAAAGAAGAAGAAGGAGAAGGAGAAGGAGAAGGAACAGUAGAUGGUAAUGAAGGUAAUGGUGAAAUAGCUAAUACUGAGGAAUUGGAUCAAGAGGCUGCUGAGAAAGUGGAGGAUGAGGAUGAGAAAGCUAAAGAUAAUGGGAAGAAGAACAAGAAUUUAGGACCAUUAUUUGAUCCAAAAGCACAUUAUACUUGGAAUUUAUGUAGCACUAGGAGCAAGCAUAAUUACAUUCCUUGCAUUGACUUUGAAAGUGCCAGUGGAAAGUUGCAGAAUUAUCGGCAUCACGAAAGAAGUUGUCCUAAAGCACCUCAAAUGUGUCUUGUUCCCCUUCCUCCUGGUGGUUAUGAGACUCCAGUAAGCUGGCCUGAGAGUAAGUCAAAGAUACAUUAUAAAAAUGUGGCGCACCCGAAACUAGAGGUAUAUGUUAAGAAAGAGAGCUGGGUGGUGGAGUCUGGAGAUUAUCUCAUUUUUCCGACGAACCAAUCUAUACCCAAAGGUGGAAUUCAACACUACCUAGAUUUCAUAGAAGAGAUGGUACCAGACAUUGAAUGGGGGAAGAAUAUCCGUGUUGUGCUGGAUAUUGGAUGUGAAGAUUCAAGCUUUGGGGCUUCUCUACUUGAAAAAGAUGUGUUAACACUUACUCUAGGCUUAAAAGAUGACCUUGUGGAUCUAGCACAAGUUGCACUUGAGCGUGGUUUUCCAGCAGUAGUUACCCCUUUCGGAACUCGGAGGCUUCCCUUUCCUAGUGGUGUCUUUGAUGCUAUUCACUGUAAUGAUUGCCAUGCAUCUUGGCAUUCUAAUGGGGGAAAGCAUCUUAUAGAGAUGAACAGAAUUUUGAGGCCUGGAGGUUAUUUUAUUUUGUCUUCAACGCACAGUAGCAUUGAAGUUGAAGAAGGUAUGUCCACGUUGACAGCAUCAAUCUGUUGGAACAUCCUCGCUGAUAAAACUGAUGAAAUCAGUGAUAUCAGGAUUAAGUUAUACCAAAAACCACAAGCAAAUGAGAUAUACCAAUUGAGAAGGAAAAAAGUUCCACCUCUAUGCAAAGCAAAUGAGAACCCAGAUGCAUCCUGGUAUGUGCCGAUUAAAUCUUGCUUGCACACAAUUCCUGAAUCCAUAGAACAAAGAGGAACCGAAUGGCCUGAGGAGUGGCCUAAGAGACUUGAAACUUAUCCCGAAUGGAUGAACAAUAGAGAGAAAUUGAUCGCAGACAGUGAGCACUGGAAAGCUAUUGUUGACCAUUCUUAUUUAGUUGGCUUGGGUAUUGAAUGGUCCAACAUUCGGAAUGUAAUGGAUAUGAAAGCCAUCAAUGGAGGAUUUGCAGCAGCUCUUGCACAGCAGAAGGUGUGGGUGAUGAAUGUUAUUCCUGUACAUGCACCAAACACCCUUCCCGUAGUCUUUGAAAGAGGACUUAUUGGCGUGUACCACGAUUGGUGUGAGGCUUUUGGUACUUAUCCAAGAUCAUACGACCUUCUACAUGCAGAUCAUCUCUUCUCAAGGCUUAAGAACAGGUGCAAGCAUCCCAUUGUGAUUGUGGUUGAGAUGGACCGUAUAUUACGGCCUGGUGGCUGGGGAAUCAUACGUGACAAGGUCGAAAUACUUGAUCCAUUAGAGAAAAUAUUGAGAAGCUUGCACUGGGAGAUACGAAUGACUUUUGCCAAAGAUAAGGAAGGCAUCCUUUGUGCUCAGAAGACAAUGUGGAGACAUUCCAGUCAUUUUCCUGCUGGUUAUCUAUACACAGUGCCAUUCUUGCCAACAAUUGUGUUCCCUGUUCACAUAUUGCAAAAGAAAUUGUCGUGGAUCCAGAAUUUAGACGUUGUGAGUAUUGAGUUCGGAAAUGUAGGGUUUUUGAAGGAACUUUUUUCGGGGAAGAAUGCUGAUGGGUUUAGUGCCAAAGCUUCAAGUUAUACAAAAACGAGAUCAAACCCUGUAACAACAAAUCCUAAAAUACCCAUCAUGUCCCUAUCACUUUCUUCUUACCCCACGCGCUUCGCCAUCCUCACGCUCCUCUCCGCCACCACAGUCUUCUUCUUCUACAAAUCACGCCGUCAUCUAUCCAAACGCCUCAAAUCCUUAAAACCCAUUUCCCAUAACCCUAUUUCUAAAACCCCAAGAGGCAAAAUCUUCUUUAUAUCCCAAACAGGCACUUCUAAAACCCUAGCAAAGAGUCUUCAUAGUUUGUUAAACCUUAACGGGUUUGAAUUCGAUCUAGUUGACCCGAAAGAGUAUGAGCCUGAGGAUUUGCAUAAAGAAAGCUUUGUAGUUAUUGUAGCUUCUACGUGGGAAGACGGGAAACCACCUCCAAAUGCGGGGUUUUUUGUUGAUUGGUUAACUGAGAGUGCUGAUGAUUUCAGGGUUGGAUCUUUGUUGCUUAGCAAGUGUAAAUUUGCAAUCUUUGGAGUUGGGAGUGGGUCUUAUGGUGAAACAUUUAAUGCUGUGGGUCGUGAUUUUUCGAAGAAGUUGAAGAAACUUGGUGGGGUUGAGGUUUUAGAGGUGUGUGAAGGUGAUGUAGAUGAGGGUAGUUUGAAUGAGGUUUUUGGUAAGUGGAGCAAGAGGAUUGUUGGGAUUUUGAGUAAUUUGGGCGAGAAUGGAGGGGAUAUGAGGAAUGGAGUUGGUGGUGGUAGUGAAGAUGAAGCUGUGAGUGAGGGAGAUGAUGAUGGGGAAUAUGAUGACGAGUUUGAAGAAAAUGAUGAGGAGUCAGGAAUUGUUGAUCUUGAGGAUAUUGCGGGUAAAGGACCUUCAAGAAAGAAAGGAGUUAACGAUAAGUUCGUUAAUGGGAAGUCGAAUGGUGGAACUGUGAAUGGAGAGAAGGCAAUGGUAACUCCAGUUAUUAGAGCGAGUUUGGAGAAACAGGGAUAUAAAAUAAUUGGCACGCAUAGCGGUGUGAAACUUUGUAGAUGGACAAAAUCACAACUUAGAGGGCGCGGAGGUUGCUAUAAGCACUCAUUUUAUGGCAUUGAGAGUCACAGGUGCAUGGAGGCCACUCCUAGUUUAGCAUGUGCAAACAAAUGUGUUUUUUGUUGGAGACAUCACACAAAUCCUGUUGGGAAGAGCUGGACAUGGAAGAUGGAUGAUCCUAUUGAGAUUGUGAACACAGCUAUAGAUUUGCAUACCAAAAUGAUAAAACAGAUGAAAGGCGUUCCAGGUGUUAAAGCUGAGCGUUUGUCUGAGGGUCUUUCUCCUAGGCAUUGUGCUUUGUCACUGGUUGGUGAGCCUAUUAUGUAUCCAGAAAUAAAUUCACUUGUAGAUGAGCUGCACAGGAGGCGGAUUUCGACUUUUCUUGUUACUAAUGCACAGUUCCCUGACAAGAUUAAGUUAUUGAAACCAAUCACACAGUUGUAUGUCAGCGUAGAUGCAGGUACAAAGGACAGCUUAAAAGCAAUUGACAGACCACUAUUUGGAGACUUCUGGGAGCGAUUUCUUGAUUCUUUGAGAGCUCUUAAGGAGAAGGAGCAAAGAACUGUCUAUCGUUUGACACUCGUUAAAGGGUGGAACACAGAAGAUGUGGAUGCAUAUUCUAGCCUAUUCAGCAUUGGGAAACCCGAUUUCAUUGAAAUCAAAGGUGUCACUUAUUGUGGAACGUCGGCUACAUCAAAGUUGACAAUGGAGAAUGUCCCUUGGCAUUCUGAUGUGAAGGAAUUCUCUGAAGCCUUGGCUAAAAAGAGCAACGGAGAGUAUGAGGUUGCCUGUGAGCAUGUGCAUUCCUGCUGUGUUCUUCUGGCUAAAGUCGCUAAGUUCAAAAUAGACGGUCAAUGGUUCACGUGGAUAGACUACGAGAAGUUCCAUGAUCUGGUAGCUUCUGGGAAACCCUUUACAAGUAAAGAUUACAUGACACCUACACCAUCUUGGGCUGUCUAUGGAGCUGAGGAAGGUGGUUUUGACCCAGAGCAAUUGCGUUUCAAAAAAGAGCGGCACCACAGAUCAUCUCGUCAGGAAAAUGGUUCUUGAAAUGUUCGAAGCAGGUUUUCGUUACCUCUGGGAUGGCCUAAAAUUUUGUUCCUUCGACUUAGAUUUUGCUUUCCUCCAUUUUCCUAUACAAGUUGCAUUUCACUAUAUAACUGCCGAAGUUGUCACUGAUAUGAAAAAUAUUGCUUGUAUGAACACUUUGUAUGUUGUUUCAUACACAAAUUUUAAUUAAUUUUGAUUAUAUAAAACGAUUGGAAGAUACUUGGUUAAA